AUGGCAAAGCGCGAGUGUUCCUAUAAUGAAGAUAUCUGUGACUUUAGUGACUCUAGUGACAGCUGUGACUCAAGUAAAAAACAGAAAACGGGGGCGAAGAUUAUUGGAUCUAUGAAGGUAAAAGGCGAUGCUGGACGCAACGUUACUCGAGAUUUGUAUCAAACACAAACCCCAUAUUUAUAUGAUGCGAGUUGUGAUACGGUCGACGUGGUCAUAGGUAGGCUGAAGCAAUGUUUGCGGAGUCUGGCGCAGUACUACACGGGCUACGAGCAGAACCGCAUUCGCUAUCUAGCCGUCAAGAAUCCAUUGAAGGCUUACGAGCUCAUGACAAUCUAUUCGCAAAAUUUGGCAAACGUGACGAAACUUAACCUGUUUGUCGAACCUCACAAAUAUUUCAUCUCGAGACGGCCUUUGAUGAAGAAAUGGAUGGAAGAAAUGAACAAAAAGUUUGCAUGGUGGGCCAUGUCUGAUCAAAAGGAAAUCGACACCUAUAUGAAGAACGCGAUAAAGCUUGUGGAAGUGUUUAAGAGUGAGAAUGCUGACGGUGUUCACCACAAACCAAGCUGGGGCAUGAGCACGAGGCCGAUGGAAAUGGGUAUGUACAUUGACAAGGCUUUGGGGGACGACAUUAUGCGCAUGGCCGUAAUGGGGCUUUACGGGAUAACACCGGGACAGAUGGAAGAACGGCGCGUAGGGCGACUGCCGGCUGUUGGAUUCCCCAUGGUUGCAGCAACUCCAGAUGGAAUUACGUGUCAAGACAGUAAAAAAUGUGAGCAAUAUAUGGAUUAUGUGCAAUCAUUGGGGGGCGCACCUGCCCUGGGGAUUUCGGACAAGAUAGACGAUCUCAUUCGUCGAGGUGUACCGAGGGUUUCACAUGAGUUGAAGAGCAUACAAGUUGAGGAACACAAAGAACACUCGGGAUCCAGGGUAUUUCAUAAGGAGAUGCAGCGCAUGAAAUACAUGUACAAGAACGGAUCCAUUGACUCUCUUCGGGAGUACUGUCUACAACUGCUCGUUUCAAAGUUAGAAAACGGGAAAUGGGUGCCCAGUACGCAGGACCGGGCCGACGAUUUGCAGUACAAGAAAGAGAGGCAUAUAAAUAAACUAGUGAUACAAGGAACCAAAUAUAAGAAAGUGAAGAAUUCUAAUCAGAUGAAGAGAAUUCUGGGAACGCCGAGCUUUUUCAAGGCCAAUUUUCACCUGUACCCUACUGACGACUUGGAUAAACUGCAAGUGGACACGGCUGGACAUCUCACCUACCAACACCUCCUGGGUGAAAAUGAGAUCAUUGACCUGAAAACUAUCCGGUCUUGGCCCAAACAGGCAGUCAUUACCGUAUACGAGAACAUGAAAGUCGUUUUUCAAGUGAAAUUUGAUCGGGCCCCUCUUCUUUUGUCGCCGAGGGGGAAGCACUACAAGCAGAUGUUGGUUCAGGCCAUGUGUAUGCGGGAGUAUAACGGGGGUAUUCGAUAUGUGUACCAUGCCAUACUCAGCCACUCGCGCGCCGAAGCCAAUAAGAAGUUAGAGGUCGCUAUGGUGUAUAGCUACGACACAGGUAUAGACGACCAGCAGAUCGACAUGGCACUUAAACAGACCAUUGCAGCCAUGGGAACGGUGGACUCGUGGUUUGACGACUUCGUGAAGGCAGAAAAGUUGGAGAGCGUACGGGAGGAGCACCGCUUCUAUCGGAAAUGUCCUGUUAACAUUCCGGUAGGAACAGUCUUUCCACCGGCGAAUAAGGAAUAUGGAUCGCCUUCGGACUCAGAGUCAGACAACGAUGACGCGGAGUGCUUAGAAGAUGAACUACUGGAGGAGGCGUUUGCGCUUUAUGAGAAGGAGCGGGAUGGUAACGGAAGUUGUAACGAGAAAGAAAAAUUCGGAUUAGAGGGAUGA